GGCGCGAAAAUCAGCUGGCAGAUUAAAAAUGUGUGAACACGGUGCCGGUUUUUUUCCAGAAAAACUUAAAGAAGUCUCUCUUUUCGAUGCUGAUACGAAAGAUUCGGGCUUUUGCGAAGAGCCUCCGUCAGAUUUUGAGUUACUGGCAGAUUCUCCGUUGAGAGAUGAGACUGCGGAAAAUUCUAUUUUAUGUUUUUCAUUAGCUAGUGCUGACGAUGAAGAUUCUACGCCCAAUAGGGAUCAUAUAUUUGGUAAGAAAAAACGUUUAUUUCGAACACCAGAUAAUACGGCGAGCCCCACUUGCGAUACCGUUGUGAAUUUGAAGCGCCUUAAAUUAUUUGAUGGUGUAUGUGAUGAUUCUGAACCAGAAUUCCUUGAUAAUUUUACCCCCAGAAAAAAAAUCAAAUGCAAUGAAAUUGAUCUAAAAACGCCAUCAGAAUUGAUAUAUCAGGAAGAAAAAGUUAAAGAGGCUGUAGAAAAAUCUGAAUCUGAUUCAGAUUUAAUUGGUGAUUUUUCAAAACCCUAUAUCUUGCCAUUAAUUACUGGAAGUCAUCCAGAUUUAAAAUCAAUAUCUUCUCUAACAAUGAGUAAUGUUAUUCGAGGAAAAUAUACCCCAAUGUUGAACUCUUUUUUAAUAAUUGACUGUAGAUAUCCCUAUGAGUAUAAUGGAGGCCAUAUUGAAGGUGCCAUAAAUAUAUAUACCCAAGAGCAAUGUUUGAAGCUCUUGCAUAAGCCAGUUAAACAAGCUGGUGGAAGACAUAUCCUAAUAUUCCAUUGCGAAUUUUCAAUGGAAAGGGGCCCCAGUAUGAGUAGACUUUUAAGAAAAGAGGACCGUCUGAUGAAUUCAUCAAAUUAUCCCAAUUUAGUGUAUCCUGAAAUUUAUAUACUUGAAGGUGGUUAUAAAACAUUUUUUCAUUCAUUCCCAGAACUUUGUGUUCCUAAAAAUUAUAAACAAAUGCUCCAUCCAGAUCAUGCAGAUGACUUUAGAUAUUUUAGAAAAAAAUCAAAAUCAUCAGAUGUUAUUAAAAAUUCUAAAAAGAAUCCACCCUCUAAAAAGAUUAGAAGGUUUUUAUCUGAAAACUUGUUUUAAGAAAAAUAUUUUAUUACAUUGUAAAUUGUAUUCUCUCUUUUUUCUUGGACAUUACAUUCACAUUUUUAUGACUAUAGAUAUUUUAAAAUUUUCUAGUCUUAUCUAAAUUUUAAUGAAAAAAUAUAGUGCCAUAGUAGACAAAUUUUAAAACUGACAUACAGCUUUGAACCAGUAGAACCAGAAGCUUCUAAAAACAUAUAUGAAACUAUUUUUUUUUGUUUGACUGAUAUAGUUGACAGUAGGAUAAACGUUUAUAGGGAACAAAUAAUUGGAUCUUUUUGCAAAUUUAAAUUUUGGUAUAGUUGUACCUAUAUUUCUAAAUUUUUAUUAUUUAUAAUGUCAUUCAUCAAUAUUUUUGUGAUAUCUACCUUAAAAUUAAAAAAUCCUGCCCAAAAACAUAUAUCUUUGCUAAAUAUGUAUUAUAAAAACUUCUUAGGAAUUUGAAUUACUCUUUCAUGAAUAUUUGGUUUUUAAAAUGUUUUUCUUUUCUUUUUUUUUUUCUACUUUCUCCUAAAUCUUGAGGCUCAUUAGUUUAAACUUAUAUCUAUUAUGCUUUUAUUUUAUCUUUUAUUACUUUAUGAUAAGUACCUAUAUGUUAAUAUUAUUUUUUGCCAAACUGUGAAUAUCUUGAUUUUUAGCUUAUUUCACUUCUUGCCUGGAGUUUCUAGAAUCUUUUUGUGUGGGAUUUUAUAGAGAUAAGGAAAUUAACUUGAAUAUUUGCAAUAAGAUUUUUUUGAAAAUGUGACUUAAUGAAAAUUAGUUUUCUAUUUUUCAUAAACGUUAUUAUCAAUCAUGACACCCUGUAUAUUGACUGAGUAGGUAAUAGGAUAAAAUAUAUGUUGUGAAACUAAUUGCUAUGAUUACCAUGAUUCAUCUAAUAGGACGUAAAAUUAAAAAAAUGUAUUUAUAUAGAUUUAAGGAAAAACCAACCAUAAAUAUAACAGAAAUUUUCAUUUUGAUAUGUAAAGAUAUCAUCAUUUUUAGGAGAGUGUUGUAGUUCUUCAAAAAAAAAUUCUUAUUUAAAAAUAUGAAAGAUAUGAAUCAGGUUUAUAUCUCAAUUUUAUUAAUGUUUACAUAUUUAUUGAUUAGUACUGAUAUAGUUAUUCAAAAAUUAUUUUUAUUUUUUCAUUUUAAAAAUUAUGUCGGUGUAUACUCUCAGUGUGUUUUCUUAGAUUUACUGAUUUAUUUUAUUCAGGUAUAUAAUUAUAUAGCGUGUGCAAUUUUUUCAUGAUAAAUGCUAUGUUAUAAUUUAUAUUUUUAAAUUUGUGCAAUGUUUAAUGCUUAUGUGAUUAUUCAGCUGUUUUUAGUAUAUAAUGAAAUUUCAUAGAUUUUAUUUACAUAAAUAAAUAGUAGUUUUUUAA